CUGCCAUCACGACGGUUGUUCGUAGAGGAAAACGAACUUUCACGACCCUCCCUCUACUCUGAAGAGAGAGAGAAGAAGUUCGACAUAGACUUUCCCUUCGUGUCUGCUUUGUUCAUCCUUCUGGUCACGGGCCUUACCAUCGCGCCGGAUGUUUUGUUUGACACGGAAUGAUCCUUCGUGUCUAUGUUAUUCGACACGGAACUAUCCCUCGUGUCUGUCUUCUUGUUCGACACGGAUUUGGCUGUCGUGUCUACUUUGUCUUGCCUCGGUCACGGGCUUUGCCGUCGUGACCGUCUUGGUCCUCUGGAUGUUCAAGCUGGACUCAGACCUGGUUUGCAGGGGAACGGGACGUCCUGCACCAUCGGCAGGAUCAGUCUUCUACUUCUUAUUCGAACUUGCCAAAGGAGCCAUCUCAACUUUAGCAGAGGUGUCACCACAGGAAUUGGUCAUCUGUGAAGAAUUGUUAGCCUCGUUCGAAUCAGUUGGAGUCUUCACAAAGAACUCAGAAAUGCGCUUCUGUCCCCGCGUGUUGUCUGGGGAUAUUCCAGCCAGAAAGACUCGAGGGGAGGGCAGUGAGAUGGGAGGGAGAUAGAGAUAGGGGAAAACGGUGAAGUUAGUCGAGUCAGGGCACUCCAGUAUACUGGAGUCACAGAGACUUAAUACUUGAACAGUAUUCAAGGCGUUUUGGUCGUGUU